GCGAGAGCACGCGGUCCUUCGUCAACCCGCCGUCCACCGACGACCCUCGACUCGCCGCCGCCGACACAAAACCAAACCACCUGCCGACAUUAAAGAGAAAAAACAACUUGCCAAUUCAGCAUUCUUCAUUUGGUUCACAGAUUCACGCCAACUUUGCACACGUUGACGGAUUUAGCACAUACAGAUUGUUCUUACUGGAGCGGAAAAUUGAAGCGAGGAACUUCAGCUUAGAGUUUGGAUUUAAUCCUCUCGCGAAAGUCGCUGAGAAUUUAUGUGACUUGAAAGCCGCAUUAUAUUGUAAUGCGCCGGCCUCCUUGACCCCAUUCCACCAAGCUGCCUGAGGACAAGUUCUUUUUCUCAUUCAAAUCGUCAUCUCGAUGAUCCAGUUUCCUGUCGAGCGGCUGAGUGGCAGCAAGUUGCACGUCGUCGGCACGCAGCCUUAAGAAAUGCUGCCCGUGACGUGACCUGACCUGCUGGGGGACGCCAUGGCUGAUGAACUGGACCCCGGGGACUUUGCGGCCAUCUCGCGCAGCCGCCGACCCUCGCCCUCGGGGCUGCCUCCGCUUGAGGGACUCGACGAGCCCUCCAGACCACGCAGCCCCAGAUUCCUGAAGAACGACCUGCUGCUGCACGAGGCCGUAAUUAAGAACGACGCCGAAGCCGUCGAAGCCAUCCUGAAAGAGCCUCUUGAUGUCAACUCGAGGAAUAAUUACGGGCGAGCACCUAUUCACUGGGCUUCGUCCAGGGGCAGCACAGACAUAAUGCAGCUGCUGAUUGAAGCAAGGUGCGACAUCGAGGCCAAAGACAAAUACGGGAUGAGUCCCAUCCUGAUGGCCGCCUGGCAUGGACACAAGGACGCCGUCCAGCUGCUCAUCAAGUGUGGUGCAAAUGCACUUGUAAUCAAUAAAAAGCAGUACACCCUGUUGAUGUGCGCUGUGCACAAUAACCGUCUGGACGUAGUGAAUUUUUUACUCGAGACUGUAGAGGACAUAGAGAUAGACGUGGAGGACUUGGAGCAGCAGACGGCCUUGUUCCACGCUGCCCACAACGGCCACCACGACGUAGUCAAGAGAUUAAUAGAAGCCGGUGCCAGAUACAACCUCAAAAAUAAGACUGGAAAAACACCACUGCAUGCCGCGAGCGAGAAGGGGCACGUGGAGGUGUUGGAGCUGCUGCUCCUGCAGGAAAACCUGGAGAGAGACGAGCAGGACGAAGAUGGAAACACAGCCCUUCACGUUGCCGCCGACAACCAACAGACUCUCGCCGUCCAAACCCUUCUGGAGGCAGGAUGCCCUCCUGACACCGAAAAUAAGAAAGGCUACACAGCACUGCACUUGGCGAGCAGCAAAGGUUGUCGCUGCAUCAUCGACUAUUUACUGCAGCACGGAGCCUCAAUUGACUACCGUUGCAAGGAGGGCAACACCGCUCUGCACGUCUCAUGCCUGGCCAACGAGCUGGAGACGACCGAGCUUUUGAUGAACAAGGGCGCCGACGUCAACGCCCUGAACAACGUACGUCAAUCUGCCAUCCACAUUGCUGCCGAAAAAGGCUUCCAAGAUUUGUGCAAGUUGCUGAUCAACAGCGGAGCGAACAUUGAACAGAAAGAGGAGGGAGGGCGGACUCCGCUGUACAUUGCAGCGCGGGGUAGUUUCACAACAAUUGUAGACAUGAUCAUCAAGACUGCCAGGCUAGAUUAUCCGACCGUACGUACCACAUCUCGCCCUGACCUUGUUUCUUCUACUUCUUCUUCUGCUGGCCAGCUGACGCACAACAGCUCUCCCCCUAAAGCACAACCUCCACAACCAAUCCUCACCAUCACUUCUGCCAAUCAUAGAGACGAGCAGCAGCCCAAUGUCGACGAAAACGAGCUCAACUCGUUCAAUACUGCUUCGCGUCGGAAGUGGCGAUUGGGCAGGGAAGACAGCAAGAGCGGAAACGAGAAGCUCAGGCAACUGCUUUGGAAGGUGGCCAAUCGGCAUUUGAAAGCGGGCGAGUGGAAGCGUCUGGCGCACCACUGGAGUUUCACUGACGAGCAAAUUGCGGCGAUUGAGCACCAGUGCGUUGGUCCAGCUGGCCACAAGGAUCACGCUUUCAGGAUGAUGCUUAUUUGGGCGCACGGACUCGCCCCGGAGGUCAACCCACUGAAGGAACUUUACGAGGCGCUGGUCGCCAUAGACAAGAAGAGCGUCGCAGAAUCAAUAAGGAAAAAAGUCGACGCAGAAAAUGCGCAGCGCAUGAAGAAAAAGGCCAAAGAGGAGAACAACAAAUGCAAAUCUUGCUCCAUUUCCUAAAAACGAAUUCAUUUUCCGUAUAAUUUGUAUUACUUGACAAGCAAUCACCAAGGAACAAGAAAAUAAAUAUAAUAUAUAAUAUUCAUAAUAUUGAUUACUCAGACCAAUUUUCAGCAGCAACCAAACUGACGAGACAGAGAGCAGCAAAAUCGUAUAAAUAUAUGAAACCAAAAACUCAGACACCAGAAUUUUAAUACUAAAGAGAGAACUUUAGGAGUGACUGGAGAUCAUAAAUUAAAAUUAAGAUCUCUUAAGACGUAGCGAGCAGGCAAAUUUCUAUUUAGGCACUACUACUUCAACAAAUUUUUUUAGAACAUAUUCGUCACGUCAAUUAGACAAGAUUAACACAAAUUGACAAAAGGAAAAGAAUCAACCUAUAUAUGUAAUUAUUCAGCGUGUAAGGCGUCAGUGCCUUAAUGUUGUGGUCACAAAAAAUGUGUAUAUUUGCCAAACUUGCUCACAAGUAGUGGUAUAUAAAACAAGUAAAAACGCUGAUAGGAGAGAUAUUUUCAUUUGUGGCUUAAAUUAAAAUUUAGAAUCAAUACAGCUUCAUGUUUAUGCUAUUGACUUUAGGGUUGAGACGACUUUCAAAACAAUAACUGGAAUUCAUUGUAUAAAAAAAAUUAUUAUGUGCAAAAUUGAAUAAAUUUUCAAUAACAAUUUCUUCGCUGCUCCCUCUCAACCCUGAAUAAUUAAUUGUGACGCAUACACGUGCAUUUUAUGACAAGAAAAACCUACAAGAGUUCAAUUGUAACCACUCUAGCUGGAGAGAUGCGCGCCUUGCAUGGGGAAAUUAAUGCUCUCAGCGAUCUAACUUUGGUCGCAAGGCAUUUGUUUUUUCAAGUUGUUGCCGCCGCGUCUAGACUCUUUUAGCAAACAGAAAUAAAAAUUAACAAACUGAAACGUAACGAGAUAAUAUAAAUAAUAUUUUAUUCUUUCUUAUCUCUACUCGCGGUACUCUCGCUGCAACUGAAAAGGCGCAUAUCGUAAAUCAAAGAAAAUAUCUCCCGAUUUUAAUGGAAAAAUUGUCUAGACGAGAUAUUAUAUUCUGGAAAAUAGAUAGGUGUAGAAUGGGCAAAAAUUAUUGUGUAAUUUAGGCAUCGCAGAGUUAAUUAACCGACAUUUGUUCGAGGAAAAUUCCCCUGCUUCUCGUCACAUCUCAUCGUGUCUUUCAUGUAGUAUUUCCCUCUUUGAGCAUCUCUCUUCUCUCUGAUCGGAUAAGUUAAAAAUGAAAAAGCUGUGGAAAUUAAAAGUUAUAUUCGUUAACAAUAUUUAAAGCACACACACACCACAAUGGCAGUUAGACGUAAAUUUGUGAGAAGAAAAUAUAUUGUGUCAAAAUAUGUCUUUUAACUUUUAUAGAUGUAAUGAAAAAUGGACAAACAAACUGCUGCUGGGAAAAAAACUAAAAUAUAAAUUAUUGUAUAAUUUAUAAUAUAAUAUUAAAUUUAAUAUUGUAUAAUUUAUAUACGAAAGAGAUUGGAAUAAGUAAGAAUCAAAAAGAUAAAAUUGAUAAAAUAGGGCGUAAGCAGGUGGCAGGUGUAAUUAAGCCUCGGAAUGUUCUUUGAAACUAUGAGUUCAAUUUUUCAUUUCUUCUUUUGCAUUCAAUGAUUUUUCUGGCCAAAAAGAUAUUGUGGAGAUAUUUAUGAGAAUGAUAAUUAUUUGUAUAUAUAGAUUUAACUAUGUUUUCAGAUGGAAAUAAAAAUUUUAA